GACCUCCGUGUCUUCCUCCCUCUCUUCCCUGGUGGCGGUUUGGUCGUCAUCCUUGGACCCGCACGUUUAGGAACUCAAGCCUGGGACAAUGGUGUGCAUUCCCUGUAUCGUUAUUCCAGUGCUGCUCUGGAUCUUCAAAAAAUUCCUGGAGCCAUACUUAUUCCCUCUGGUUUCCCCUGUGGUCAGUCGUCUAUGGCCUAAAAAAGCUAUACAAGAAUCCAGUGCUAAAAAUACAGGCAAAGUAGACUGCAAGGGUGCAGAUACCAUUGGAUUACCCGCAAAAGGACCAAUAGAGGUCUCUGAUAAAAAGAAAGACUAGCGCGGUUUUCCUGAAAGCCCCUGGCUGUUUUCAAAUGGACCCGGUAAUAUGAAGCACCUUCUUUGUCUCUUGCCUUUUUUCUCUGAGACCAGGAUUCUAGAUAAACAGUUUAGCUAGCUAUCUGAUACUGAUCAGGAAGUAAAUGAUAUUUAUAUUAAAAGUGUAAGUAGUUAUAUUUAAUGACCUCACCCUGAGUUUCUUUUCAUUAAGGUAGCUUUUAUUUCUGUUAUUCCAUUUUACUAAUAUGAAUAAAUAGAAGGUUUGUGUGAGCAGACACUCAGAACUUGAAGUCCGUGGGCCUUUGCAUUGUUUCGCAUAAAUUUGGCUGCUGUUUUCGCUUCCUGUGGGCUCUUGUGACUUGAGCAGGAUGAGUCUAACUGU